AUGGGUUACGACCGUCUGGCACACUCGUUGGGCCCUCCAAAGAUGGGUCCCAGACAGCUGCGGCGGCUGGCCGCUCUUCUAGCCAUGUUCGUGUUUUCAGUUGUAGCUUUGGAUCAAUUCGGCAUCUUCCUUAAACUCGGAGAAACAUUUUCUCUCGAUCCCGGGUACGACUAUCCGAUGCGAGGGGAUCAGUUCGAUGAUAUGCUUCCCGUGAACCACAUCUACGACUCGCUCGAGUAUCGGAUCCACAACAACACUAGCUGCAAGAAUGAUUUCCGCUUGACAAUCUUCGUGAAAAGCGCGCUAGCCCACCGCAGUAGACGCAAUGUCAUCCGACGGACCUGGGGCAAGAAGAGGUUCAGCAACACGAAUAUGGCCACCUUCUUCAUGAUCGCUCGCGGCUCCGAAGAGAGUGAUCUGGUCGUGGAGAACGAGAAACACAAAGACAUAAUCCAGGUGGAUUUCAUCGACGCCUACUACAACAACACGCUGAAAACGAUGGCGUCGAUGCGUUGGGCGAGUCAAUUCUGCCGCAAAACUCAGUAUUUCCUGUUCAUCGAUGACGACUAUUAUCUUUCCGUGAAGAAUUUGCUCCGCUAUAUCGACGUGUUUGAAGCCGAAUCCGGUGGAGCUCUAUACGCGGGGGAGCUGUUCCCGAACGCGGCUCCCAUGCGACAUCGUUUCUCGAAGUGGUUCAUCUCGUUGAGGGACUACGCUUUCUCUCGAUAUCCGCCCUACAUCACAGCUGGAGCGAUCCUACUGAAUCAAGAAGCUCUGCAGAAGGUGUAUACGGCAUCGAAAUUCACUCGACACUUCAAAUUCGAUGAUAUUUUCGUCGGGAUCUGCGCUAGGAAAGCUCGCGUUCAGCCGACGCACAGCGAGUUCAUUCAGAUGUGGCCUCAGUAUGGAAACCUGAAUCUCAGAGAUGUGAUAGCCGCUCACGGCUUCGUGGAUUCCGCCCUCGAAGAACUAUGGAACGAGGCGUACAAGAACAAAUACGCUUGA